AUGUCCCGCCUCCUCCUCCUCACAGGCCUGCUAGCCGCCAGCGUCGCCGCCCAAGCCGACCACGCAGCCCCCGGCUUCAAAUACAUCGGCUGCGUCGAAGCAGACGCCCCCUCCUUCCCCUACAAGGCCGUCCUCUCGGCGGCGGCGCCCUUUUCCGCAGAGCAAUGCCAGCACGCGUGCCACGAAAAGGGGAAAUUUGCCGCCCUCAACGGCGAGGACUGCCACUGCGACGAAUCAUCAUCACCUUCGUCGUCGUCGUCGUCAGGAGCCGAGCCGCAGUACAAGGUCCUGGACGAGUCGGUUUGCCAGAUCCCGUGUAUCGAGGCCGACAAGGCGGCUGGCUUCUGCGGAGGACCAGAGUGUCCUGUUUCGGGAAAGAAGCGCUAUACUCUGUACAAGAAGGAAUUCGACGACGAUGAGUGCGAGAAGGAGCACGGAGACAAGAAAAAGGACAUUGGCGGCAGCGGCGCCUGGAACAACAACAACAACAACAAGGACCUGCCCACAAAGACGGCGACCGAAGUCAAGACCAUCACAUCCUGCCCGCCUGAAGUCACAGACUGCCCUCUCACAGCAAAGGCCAUCGACCCGCCGUCAACCCCCAUCACAAAGCACCAUCACAACGCCGCUGCUGCGUCGGCAGAGGCAGAAGCUCUGCCGCGAUGCCCCGACAAGUGCGGGCCUCCUUGCGCGGCCUCGGGAUGCCCGCCUUGUCCCUUUGGCAACUGCCCGCCUCCGUGUCCGCCGGGAUGCCCCUUUGCGCCUCCUCCUCAUGUGCACACGAAGCUGGAGUGCGACGGCGAGCACUGCAAGACGAAGGCGCAUGCGGCGGCUUCUUCUUCGGGUGUCAAGCUUGUUACGGAUCCUGUGGCUUCGCAUGCGUGGCCGACUUCGCAGGGGGAGGUUCCGACAAAGGUGCCGGAUACAAUCAACGGAGGGGCGAGUUUGCACAAGGCUAGGUGUUAUUGA